AUGAUUCCAUCGAUUAAGACUGCCGUUCUCUUCUCCGUUGCUCUCGCCGCAUCGCUGAGCAGCGCCCAGGGAGAUGCUGCGCUUGUUGGAACCUGGUCGACGAAAUCCAGGAAAGUCAUUACUGGGCCGGGCUUUUACGAUCCUGUAAACGACAAAUUCAUCGAACCUGACCUAGCGGGAAUAUCGUACUCCUUCACCAGCGAUGGCUAUUACGAAUCGGCCUACUACCGCGCCAUUUCAAAUCCCACCACACCACACUGUCCUUCGGCCAUCAUGCAAUGGCAACACGGAACCUACACACUUCCAGGCAACGGCAGUCUUGUGCUGACACCAAUCGGAGUCGACGGCCGACAGCUUACGUCCUCACCCUGCUCCAGCGACACUGGAGUUUAUGUUCGCUAUGAACAGGCCGAAUUGAUGAAGAGCUACGAAGUCGUCACAGACGGUUUCCACAAUGUGAAACGCCUGAAUUUGUUCAAGUUUGACGGCUCUCCGAUGCAACCGAUGUAUCUCGUCGCCACGCCGCCACAGAUGCUACCUACGCAAACACUUAAUCCGACCAGUGCAGCGAGCCCGACUGGCAAGCGUCGUGUAAAACGUACGGAUGGUGGUGACGGCGAUCAUGAACAAGAACCACUCCAACCACUCAAACAAAAUGCUUUCACCACAAGGUUAGCGAACAAAGAUUCAUUCAACCCUGAUCAUUGGUGGUGGGCCGGUGUUGGAUUGACAGCGCUGGGCACUGUCAUGUAUAUGAUGCCCACAUCGGUAUAG